AUGGCUGCUUCCAUAUCGCAGGCCUGUAAACAUUACGGUUUCUCUCCCUAUGCAGUCACCGCAGGCGCUGCGGAGUCACAACUAUGUAUCAAGAGAUUCUACAGUGCUCGGCCUCCUCCACAAAGACCACCCACCUUUUUUGGAAAGAUCAUAGAAAAUUUAAGAGAUGAGAUGGCAAGAAAUCAGAAAAUGAAGGAAAGCUUGAAAGAAUUCCGAAAAGAUAUGGAAAAACUAGAAAAUCCGAACAGAAGGAACCAAAAGGCUAGACAACAGUUAGAAAGUAUAAAGAAACGUGUAUCAGAGACAGUCGAGGAAGCCCAAAAAAACGAGAUCUUACAGAAACAUCAAAAAAAAACAAGCUCAAAAGUAACGCAAACAUUGUCCCAGAAGGGUGAAGAAAUCAGCAGAACCCAGACUUUCAAGACUAUAUCUGAAACUGCUAAGGCAGUAAAAGAAGAAAUAGAUCAUUCCACUUUUGGGGGUUCUGGUGCUCGUGUGUAUAAAGCUCCAAAAGUACUACGUAAAAGAGUAGAGCGAGACCCAGAAGCAGAACAGAGAAUAAUUCAGGCAAACACCGAAGCCAAGGGUAUGGUGUUACAUAGAGAUUCCCAGUUUGCUCAGAGUUGGCAGAAUUUCAAGGACAACAAUCCAUAUGUGAACAAAGUGCUUGUCUGGAAGACAAGAUUAGAUGAAAGUGACAACCCUGUUGUUCGAGCAUCAUUGCUAUUUAAAAGACAAGUCUCAGGUCUUUCCGGACAGUCUUUCAAACGCACAGAAUUAUCAGAGGCUUUGACUGAGAUAUGCAAGAUGGAUCCCACUUUUGAUAAAGAGAGAUUUUUGUUAGAGUGUGAAUAUGACAUGAUUCCAAAUGUUUUAGAAGCUAUGAUUAGACCAGAUUUAGAGGUAUUACAGGACUGGUGUUAUGAACGUGCCUAUUCAGUGUUUAGCAACCCCGCAGUGAAGCAAGCCUUUAAUUUGGGGUUUAAUUUUGAUUCUAAGGUUAUUGUAGACAGGUUAACAAAUGAGUAUUAA